CAGUUAGGCUCGCGCUUUCGAGCCGCCAGCACCGGCUGUGUUCUCUUUCUUUCUCUCUCUCUCUCUCUCUUUCUCUUCUUCUGCCGUAAUCUUUUUAUUUAGUUGUCCCGACAUCUUGAUCCCCUUUUCGCGAAUUCUAUUGAUUAUUUUUUUUUUCUUCUUUCUCCUUCGUUACGGUGCGAUUGUCCCCGGCUGCACGAGGCACAUGCAAACCGACGAUCGUCGAAGAGGAUAGUCCUCGAUCUGGACCAAACUGAGUCUCGUCGUUUCCGAGAUGUGGACCGUACACUGCCCGAAUUUAGUGUUCAUCAUCUUCGUAUUCUUACCUUCCAUUGUAAGAGGUAUCCCGGAUUAUUCUGGACUGCCAACAGGACCAUAUUGCGCCUCGAGGUAUCCUGGGGGUAGAUGUUGUCCUGGACGACAGGAUGAGUGUAGCGCACCGAUUCUCACGACGUUGUGUUACUGCGAUGACUUUUGCGAUCGGUCACGCGAAGAGGACUGCUGCCCCGAUUACUGGUAUCAUUGCAAAGGGAUCGAGCCAAAUGUCACGUCACCACCCCAGGAGAUAAGAAGAUGCUUCUUCCAGGGGAGAGAGUACAAUGAUGGACAAACCUUAAAAGUUAAUUGCAACACAUGUAAAUGCUCCUCGCUUAAUAAUCGCGCCGAAGUGCUCUGCGAGGAGAAUCGAUGUUUGAUCGAACCGGAGUUAAUGGAAGAGGUCAAUUUGCAAGGACCUACUUUAGGAUGGCAGGCGGGCAAUUAUUCCGAAUUCUGGGGAAGAACUCUUCAUGAAGGCGUGCAGCUUCGUCUCGGUACUCUCAACCCUUCGCAAUCCGUGUACAAAAUGAACCCGGUGCGACGUAUUUACGAUCCGGACGCGCUGCCACGGGAAUUCAAUUCCAGAACGCGUUGGCCACGCGAUAUAUCCGACGUUCGCGAUCAAGGGUGGUGCGGUGCAUCCUGGGCUGUGUCCACAGCCGAUGUUGCGUCCGACAGAUUCGCGAUUAUGAGCAAAGGUGCUGAAGCCGUAGAGCUAAGUGCGCAGCAUCUGCUCUCUUGCAAUAACAGGGGUCAAAGGGGCUGCAAAGGCGGAUAUCUUGAUCGUGCCUGGCUCUUUAUGAGGAAAUUCGGACUGGUGGACAAGGAGUGUUAUCCUUGGACCGGUAGAAACGAUCAAUGCAGACUACGUAAGAGAAGCGAUCUAAAAACCGCUGGUUGCCAAAAUCCGCCAAACCCGCUGAGAACAGAGCUAUACAAGGUCGGGCCGGCCUAUCGUCUAGGCAACGAGACUGACAUUAUGCAAGAAAUCCUGACCUCUGGACCAGUGCAAGCUACCAUGAGAGUCUACCAGGACUUCUUCAUUUACCAGAGCGGAAUAUAUAGGCACUCUCGAAGCGCAGAACUGCACGAUUCCGGUUAUCAUUCAGUGAGAAUAAUCGGUUGGGGUGAGGAGCCAUCUUAUCGCGGUCCACCGCUCAAAUAUUGGUUGGUUGCGAAUUCAUGGGGACACAACUGGGGAGAGAACGGACUUUUCAGGAUUCAAAGAGGAAUAAACGAGUGCGAGAUCGAAUCGUACGUGCUGGCAGUGUGGGCCAAGACAAUAUAAAAAAGAAAGAAAAUACCAAAGUACUAGAAUAUCCGAUUAUCAUAAUAAUUGUUGGUGCAUUUAUUGAAUCUCUGUCAUUGGCCCGUCGUUGUGAGCAAUGACGCGAUUAUCUCGAAAGCGAGAAAUGAUAUGAAACAUCGAUUUUUGAAAGUAUGUGAUCCAGUGCCUCCAUAUAUACAUCUUAUUAUAUGUAACAUUGAAGGAAAGGGAGGGUGGGUGGG